UCAUCAGCUCAUGAGCGAGAUCUGGAGGCUGAUAUUGAAGAUGACACUAGCGGAGAAGUGAGGAAUCUUCUGGUUCCUCUCCUACAGGCCAACAGGGAUGAGUCUUAUGAAGUGGAUGAAGCACUGGCAGAACAAGAUGCAACAUCAUUGUUUGAGGCAGGUGAAGGCCGCUUUGGAACAGACGAGUCCACUUUCACCUACAUCCUCACUCACAGGAACUACCUACAGCUUCAGGCCACCUUCAAGAUAUAUGAAACUCUCUCUGGAACAGAUAUCCUGGAUGCGAUAGACAGUGAGGCUACAGGAACAUUAAAGGACUGUUACAUUACUCUGGUGCGAUGUGCUAAAAACCCGCAGCUGUAUUUCGCC